AUGUCAGACCAGAGGAAAGCAUCUGUUGAGCAUGUCGAACUGGAAGUUGUCAAGGAACCUGGGGUUGGGGAGCGCCAUGAUGAGCAGACACUGAGCUUUGCCCAACUGCUGAGACAACAUCCAAGAAUCAUCGGGUGGUCGAUGUUCUGGUGUAUGUGUGCUUUGGGAUGGGGCUUUGAUACUCAGGUAAAUGGUGCCAUGGUGAGUGUACCGGCAUUUCGUGAAUACUACGGAUAUGUGUACAAAGGAAACCCCAUUAUCCCAGCCCACUGGCUUAGUGCCUUUAAUGUCAUCUCCUCUGUUGGCCAGUUUUUCGGCGGGUUUCUUUGCAGUUAUCUGGCUGAUCGUGUUGGCCGCAAGAAGAGUCUGUCCGUCGGAGUUGUUAUCACUACCGGCGGUAUUUUCGGAGAGACCUUCUCGAGCAAUGCCGGAGCUUUUAUAGUUAGCAAGCUCAUCCUGGGGCUGGGUGUCGGAUUUUACUUGACCCUAGGGCCCAUCACUUGCUCGGAGAUCUCCCCCGUUGUUCUACGCGGUCUUUCCUCGGCGGGCAUCAAUCUGGCAAUUGCAGUUGGCCAACUCGCCUCUAACGCGGCCACAAAAGGGUUUGGCAAUCGCAAUGAUGUCUGGGCCUUUCGGGGGCCUUUCCUCGUUCAACUCCUCUUUUCCAUCAUUCUGCUCACCGGAAGCUUCUUCUCUCCUGAAUCUCCCUAUUACCUUGUGCGCCAAGGUCGCGUCGACAAAGCGAAGGAGUCACUUAGAGCGCUCUAUGGGACAGAAGCCGACAUCAGUUCAGUCUUAAGUACGAUCCAGAGCACAGUAAAUGCCGAACAAGAAGCAUUGACUCCGAGCUACAUCUCCGCCUUCCGCGGGACCGAUCGAAUCCGCACACUGAUCUCGAUCGGGGUUUUUACCUGCCAGCAUCUAGCCGGCAUCGUCUUUGUGCUCAGUUUUUCCACUUACUUCUUCCAAUUAGCUGGCCUGGGUACUUCCAGCGCGUUUGAUUUGGGUGUCGGCGUCACAGCAUGCGGCGUGGCUGGGAACAUCUGCUCCUGGUUCCUGGUCAACCGUGUGGGACGUCGUCCCAUCUUUCUCGGUGGAAUGGCUGGCUGCACGACCCUACUUCUUCUAAUCGGAAUACUAGACGUCAUACCUACCGGAGCGGCCCAAUGGGCCCAGGCAUCGCUCACUGUGGUGUAUGCAUUUGUUUACUUUCUCACUAUUGGUGCGGUGGCCUUCGUUCUUCUGGGCGAGGUAUCGUCUUUACAGCUGAGAGCGAGAACAACCGCCUUGGCGACUGCUACGCAAGCCAUCUGGGGUAUCAUCAUGUUUUUUAUUGUGCCCUAUAUGGUGAAUCCGGAUUCCGGGAAUCUUAAAGGAAAGGUCGGGUAUAUUUUUGGGGGAAUCUCGCUAGCAACGACAUUGGUAUGUUUCUUUUACAUUCCUGAACUGAAAGGGAAAACAUAUGAGGAGAUAGAUGGUUUGUUUCGUAGUCGGGUGCCGCCGCGAAGGAUGGGAAGUCACCACUUCGAGCAGGCGUAA